GUGCUCGAAUUCCGAGGCGUGGGCGUCACAAGCAUCGGAUCGGCCGGACACAGCAACGAGACAUUCCAACGCUUCUACAAAAUUCUAUUGAAUCGGUACAGACGAGGAAUUUUCCAAUUGAUGAUUUGACAAGAACUUUAAAGCGAGCUUCCACAAUGAAUCCUUCUAGUAAUCUAUCCGCCGAUUUCCGACCGUAUAGCGGAGGUAGACCAGCAUGGGCUGUAGCAGAUGGAGCCAGCGACUCUGGUCGCGAUCUGGAAGACCAGUACGAGAACGAUCUGGUAGAACAUCGAGACGUCGUUCCAGAGCCAGAAAGAACAGGAUGCUGGUACAGUUUCGUGCGAAUAGUCCGAGGUCUAUGGGCCACUCGACAGAUGGGCAAAGGGGACGACAAAGAAUGGCUGGUAAAAGUGACGCUACGGGAACUUUUUACCUAUAUCGUGUUCCUGGUGCUGCUUUCCAUCAUGACCUUCGGAAUGAUGAGCCCUUCCAUGUAUUACCAGACAAAAGUGAUGAGUGAGUUAUUUUUGGAUUCCAACUUCGCCGACGGAUCCGGACCCAUGAAGGAUGCUACGCAGAUGAGUGAUUUUUGGAAGUUUGCAAAGGAUGUUCUGGUUGAAAACUUGUACUGGGACAAUUGGUACAACGAUCAAGAAACGAAUCCUGACGAUCGGAACAUUUUGUAUGAAAACAGGCUCCUGGGCUCUCCUCGCAUCAGGCAGAUCCGAGUCCGCAAUGACUCUUGCAAUGUGCACUCCGAUUUCAAAAAGGCCAUCACGCAGUGCUAUGACGUUUACAACCCUCACAUUGAAGAUACAGAGCCGUUUGGUCUAAUGAAUGGAUCAGCAUGGGUCUAUCAUACAGAAAAAGAAAUGAACGGUUCAAACCACUGGGCUCUCUUGGCUACGUACGCUGGAUCAGGAUCGUAUAGAGAUAUUGGAGUGACGAAAAAACAGGCUCUUGCUCGGCUGGAAGUUCUGAAACAGAAUCUCUGGAUCUCCAGGGCAACCAGGGCAGUCUUUGUAGAUUUUACGGUCUACAAUGCAAAUCUCAACCUUUUCUGCGUCAUAAAGUUAGUAUUUGAAUUUCCCGCUACUGGAGGAAUGAUUCCGUCCUGGAGUUUUCGCACUGUAAAAUUGCUUCGUUAUGUCAAUCCCUAUGAUUAUUUUAUUAUGGCUUGUGAAGUGUGCAUCGUAUUCUUCAUUUUAUACUACAUCGUAGAAGAAUCUCUCGAGAUCAAGAAAAAUGGAUGUGUUUAUUUUUACGAAGUCUGGAACAUACUGGAUCUCCUUGUAAUUGGAGUAUCCCUCAUUUGCAUCGCCUUCUCUGCCUUCCGGACAGUUGUAGUGGACAACAUGCUGGAGGAACUGCUGAGCAAGCCGGACAUUUUCCCAGAUUUCGAGUUCCUAGGUUUUUGGCAAAUGCAGUACAACAACGCAGUAGCAGUAGAUAUUUUCAUUGCUUGGAUCAAAGUAUUUAAGUACAUCAGUUUCAAUAAGACCAUGACACAACUUUCAUCUACCUUGUCAAGGUGUUCAAAAGACAUUGGAGGCUUCGCCGUCAUGUUCUUCAUUGUAUUCUUUGCUUUUGCUCAGUUGGGUUAUUUAUUGUUUGGAAGUAUUGUCAAAGAAUUCAGCACUUUCGGUACCGCUGUAUUCACUUUGUUACGUUUAAUUCUUGGAGACUUCGACUUCGAAGCUUUGGAAAAUGCCAAUCGUGUAUUAGGACCUAUUUAUUUCUUGAGUUACAUAUUCUUCGUAUUCUUUGUUCUGAUGAACAUGUUCUUGGCCAUUAUUAAUGACACAUAUGCUGAAGUAAAAUCCGAGAUCGCUUCUUCCAACAGUGAGUUUGAAAUUGCAGACUUCUUCAAGAAAGGUUACAACAACAUUCUUGGAAAACUUGGGAAACGAGACAAGAUUCAAGAUAUCCAAAAUGCGUUGCGCUUUGCCGACUCAGAUGGGGAUAAGAAACUGUCAUACCAAGAAGUUCGACAACAGCUGAAAGCGCGCAAUCUUUCGGAGAUGGAGAUUGAGAUGCUGUUCGCCAAGUACGAUAUGGAUGGAAACCGCGAGUUGGACGAAAAGGAAAUGCAACAGAUGUUCGCCGAUCUCGAAGGACAGAAGAUACAGUUGGACGACGAAAUCAACAACCAGCAGAGCAUGAUCGCUUCGGAUCCUUCCCGACCACCGACCGCGAUGAUAGGUGGCAGGGGCAACGGAUCGGGAGUGCCAGCUGACGAGUUCAACGUUCUUACUCGUCGAGUGGAUCGUAUGGAACAUUCCAUCGGCAGCAUAGUAUCUAAAAUUGAUGCUGUUUUGGUCAAGAUGGAAGGAAUGGAGAAAGCUAAAGUGAAAAGACGUGAAAACAUGAACAAGAUCCUCAACUCUAUUUCAGAGAGUGAAAAUCUUGACGAAAGAGCCAAACGUCAGCAAAUGGAACAGCUAGUUAAAGAAGAACUGCAGCGUUGGGAUUCUGAUCAAUCACUCAAUAUGCAUCGAUAAGGAUUUCUUACAUUUCAAGACAUUCGCACAAUGCCUUUUAGCUCACAUGGCACCCACAAGGUACAACUCUGACUUUUUACAUGCACACCAGCAGAGAAUCAACAAAGCAGAGAUUCACUAUUGUUACGAAGCACACGAAAGAUUGAAGUCUUUCAUACUUGUUCUCGGCAUCAAAGAUCAACUGUGAAGAAUGACAUUUUAAAACUUAGAAACUUAGUUGAUAUUUCUAUGAAAAUGCAAAGAAUCAUAGUAGAUGUGCAUCAUGGAAGUAUAGGUGAAGAGCUGAAAAACAGCUUUAUAUUUUCAGUAGUCAAGUAUUAAUUCUGCACAAGGUCAUGCACAGGAAAAUUCCAAGUUCAAUAUACCAACUACUGAAAUAUAUUUCAAGUACAAUAUCUUUGAAAGCAUAAUCGAUCAAUUGUAAAAUACUAAAGAAGAUAGUAAAAUACAUAAUAAAACGAAUUUUAUUUCUGAUAAUAAACUCGAAAUAUUAUGAAGAAAGAGGCAGCUGUAAGAGAUUGGAAUAGGGUCAACUCUCCAGACCCCUUGGUCUACCCUAGUAUGUUUAUAUUGAUGUAUAUAUAAAGUGUAAUAAACCAAACUGUGUUUAAAAAAAUUAAUAAAAAAAACCCUUCUGCAACUGAGAAAAAUUUAAAAUAAUCUGCUGUUUAAAAUCAAAUUCUUGUUUUGUAUUUCAGCAGAAAAUAAAAAAAAAAUACAAAGGAAAUAAACAUAAAAUUCAAAAAUGCACUAAGGACAUUAUUGUUGAAGCUGCAAUUUAUUAGAAUUUCAUUCUGUACUUAACUAGAAUUUGGGCAGAAAAGAUAUACGAUAGUUUGAACAUUUCAUUACUGGAAAGAAACGUUAGUAAUGAGUUUGUAACAUACGAAGAACUUCCCUUCUCUAUUUUUAUUCCAAAACAUAGAAUGUGGAAAAAGAUGUAGUAUUCCUAUGUGUAAAUAGUGUACAGCAAAACAUAGAUUUUAAUUCAUUAGGUGUAAAAAUAAAUUAUAUUUGUCA